CUGGUUCAUGGUAAUGCAGUAAAAACAUCACCAAGACACAGUAUUAGACAGAAGAAAAAGCAGAAUCAAAAACGAAAGUACUGGAAGAGCUCAAUCCGUCCCUAAAUUGCUCAAUCGCUGUGUUAAUGGGUAAUCAGUCAUCAAAUAAAAGCUGCCUGCAGAUACGAGCGCUGUCGCUGUGGUUUAGUUACUCAAAGGUAUAAAUCAAGUGCCAUGAAUGUCAAACCUCUGCUGGGGAUCCUGCUCUUGAUCUCCGUCCAGGAGGUGUCAAACCAGCAGGAGUAUGAUGAUGACGACGAAGAAUAUGAGGAUCUGCCGCCUCUGCGCUGCUCAACCACAGAAAGAAUCAAAGGUGGACGAGUCACGUACUCACAGGAGGGACUAGAGGGCAGUGUGCUCACCUACCACUGCGGCCCAGGAAAGUACCCGUUCCCAGUCAGCUACAGGGUCUGUGGAGCGGAUGGGGACUGGUCGCCCAUGAGAUCAUCCAGCGGUAGACGGCUGUCAGGGGCCACGUGCAAAGAUGUGUUGUGUCCGGCUCAGCUCCAGCUGGACAACGGCGACUUCUGGCCCAUGGACCAGUGGUUUGGGGUCGGGGUGACGCAGAGCUUCUCCUGCCGCCAUGGGUUCACCCUGUACGGGUCAGCUGCAAGGAACUGCACCCCGUCUGGGGACUGGACCGGAACCACUCCUGUCUGUGACAACCAUGCUGGUGAGUGCAGUGACCCAGGGAUCCCACCUGGAGCCCACCGGUCGGGUCGGUUCUACACCGGAGAGAAGGUGAUCUACAGAUGUCAGAGCGGCCUCGAUCUGCUUGGGUCGUCUGAGAGGGUCUGUUUGAAGAACAGGGAGUGGAGCGGCUCGAUGCCACGCUGCCAAGGCCCAAAUAUGUUUGACUCCCCCGACGCUGUGGCCAAAGCCAUGGCAGGGUCGCUUGGAGGACUCAUGGAUGUAUUCUCAGCAGACUCUCAAAAGAAAACCGCAGGCGAAUCAACCUUCGCUCGAAGCAUCCACGUGGACAAGGACAGUCGCGUGAAUAUCUACAUCUUACUGGACACAUCAGGAAGCAUCAAAGAGGACGACUUCAAGCAGUCGGUACAAGCCACCAUCGCUCUCAUCGAAAAGUUGGACAGCUAUGAAGUCAAGCUGAAGUUCCACGUGCUGUCAUUUGCCAGUAAAGUUAUAGACAUUGUAAACAUCACAGACGAGGUUAUAAGCACCAGUGCAAACAACGUCAUCGGAUCUCUGCUGGAGUUUGACCACAAAAGUCACAAGAGACAAACGGGCACCAACCUCUACGCAGCGCUGUACCGCGUCUACGAGAUGAUUAACCUCUUUAAACAACACAGCAAGAAGAACCAUUUCAGUCAGACCCAGAAUGUUAUAAUCAUAGAAACCGAUGGUUACUCCAACACAGGCAACAAACCUCAGGCGGCCCUGACCCGGAUCCGGCAUCUACUGGGCUACAACACCUCCUCCCACGAUCACUCAGAUGAGGCGCUGCUAGAUGUUUACGUGUUUGGUGUCGGAGAUCAAGUGAACAAGGCUGAGUUAAACUCCUUAGCCUCUAACAAACGCGGUGAGGCUCAUCUAUUCGUCAUCAAGAGCUUCCCGACUCUGGGGCAUGUCUUUAACAGCAUUAUUAGUGACAAGAGUGUGACGAUGUGUGGAAUAGCUCAAGAAGCAACAAAAAAGCUCCCAGUCUUCACUGAGCCCUGGCAUGUCACUCUGAGAAAAGCCAAUUUAAAGGACCCUCUGUGUUCAGGCUCCAUUGUGAGCGAGCACUGGGUGCUGACAGCCGCUCACUGCUUUGGCAGAGUGGCCACUAAGAAUGUCUCCUUUCAAGUGGACGUAAUAACUGGCGACGUCACAGUGCCGUCCAGCAGAGUGAUCAUGCACCCCAACUACAACGUCGAUGCCCUUAAACACAGACACGUGCCUGAGUUCUAUGACUACGAUGUUGCCCUGGUGUGGCUCAACAAGAGCAUCCCUCUCUCCUGGAAGGCCAGACCCAUAUGUUUGCCGUGUACCAUACCGGCCGACCGAGCCUUGAAAAAAGUCAAUUCUACCUGUCAGGAGCACAGAAAGGCGCUCAUACCACACACAGAGACGUCUGUCUUUUUUAUGAAUAAGAUCAAGGAACGCAAACAAACACACAUUCACACCGAGAGUGAGAGGCCUGCUUGUGUGGAGAAGGCCAGGCAAACACUAAAUGGGUCGGAUGUGCCUCUGGAUGAAUAUGUCCCCGACAGGUUCCUCUGCUCUGCAGGCAGCAAAAGUUACCGGGAUGCUAUAAGCUGCAAAGGUGACUCCGGUGGAUCACUGUUUUUGCAAAACAGGAACCGCUACUUUCAGGUGGGAGUACUCAGCUGGGGCACCACAGACGUCUGUAAGGCAAUGAGCUCAAAGGGUUACAGCAGUGACCGACCUCCUCCGGACGCGCGAGACUUUCACAUCGACCUCUUUAAGAUACUGCCUUGGCUCAAGCAACAUCUGGGUGAGGACAUCAAGUUCCUGCCCGACAUUAAAUAAGAUCUACAGAUUCCAGGGCUCUGUUUAAAGCCAUGGUGGGCGUCCAAUAAUGCUUAUACAAAUAUCACUUGUGGCACAAAGCUUUGAGUUUGAAACUGAGCAAUAAAAAAAAAACUUUCUAGGUAUUUUUUAUUCAGUGUUGUUCUUUCUAACUCAAACACAUACAUACAUGUAAACAAUAUGUUAAUGUAGCCGCACAUACAUUGAUAUGUUGCUCUGUUUAUUCUAACAGUUAAACGGACGUCCCUGAUUCUGUGCUGCAUGUCUAAGCAACAUUAAUGGUCUCACUUUGCAGUUAGUGGCCUUUGGAUUUCAGUGAAGUGCCUAAAUGCAAUCUGAAUAAACUACACACAUCAGUG